AAUCAAUAUCCAUAUCAAUAUCGAUGGUAGAUCUGUAUCUAUAUAGGUAGCUAUCUAUCUCUCUUCCUUCAACUCCUUCCUUCCUUCCUUCCUUCAACUUUCUAUAAACUCUCAUAAACUCUCAUAUCCCUUUUCAAUUUACAAAGCUUAUAUUGCCUUGCCAUUAAAUGUUUGGAAAAGAAUCACAAUCACACACGAGAUUACAAGACACUUGAAACAUUCAGAUUCAUCCCAACUUCGGUGGCUUAUUGGGUACCGCUACUCUGCUGAACCAUUCCAAAUAAGCUCAAUUAUCAAUCAUUACCAUUACCAUUACCAAAAGGUCUCCCAUCUUCCUUCCCUCCCCUACCCGCCAUCACCGCCACCUCUUCUAUUCCAUCAAUCAAUCCAUCUCAGGAUUCCCUUCCCUUAAUUUCUCUCAAGAGUCAUUCUAUUCUCCCCUUUACUUCAGUACAUACAUAGCAUAGUCAAUAAUAACAAGCAAAAUCAUUUUGCACUUGUCCACAAACCUUUACUCCAAAUCAGAUCAACAUCCGAUUCGAACAUUCUGCGUUCUCAGAAACAUCCUGCAACAGUUAAAUUCAUUUGCAAGAUUGGUCGUGCAGAUUGUCAUCUCGUUUACAACAUAAGUAUCGAAUAACUACUUGCACACAUAUACGUCAUGGCUACACAAGAAGAGCUCGCGAUGCUUUUCGCUCGUAACCUUUCCCUCCACAACCCUCCUCCUCCUCCUGCCCCCGUAGAAGAGCCAAAGGAAGUUGAACCAACAUACACAUACUCUAUUUCUCAACAUUAUACCCAUUCCGCACAUGUUGCUAAGCAAGCAUUCAGACCUGCUUCCGAACCACCUCAAACAGAUCAACUUACAGUAGAUAUUAUACUUGCCAGACAUGGUGUCGAUUCUUCUUCUUUAUAUCCUACCCAAAUCGAACUUUUCAAAACUGCAGAUGCUACUCAGCAGAUGCGCUUGAUUGAGUUAUGGAGAAUCUGCCCACCAUACAAUGGAGGACAUGCGUUGGCACAAGAUCUGUGGACUGGUCCUUCUACUAGCCUGGAGCAGGAAGAGUCCAUGGCCAAGUUGAGAUAUGAACGUCAAAUGAUGGAAGAAAGAAUGUCUCGAACACAAGAUUCAAGUAUGGACGAUGACACUAUGAGUGAUGGUAGUAGCCACGCUCCAUUGACACCAAUUCAAGGUGGGGAUGCCCGUUGGAAUCAUGUUGAGCAUGUUGAACCUUAUAUGGCAUCUGGCUAUGAAAUUUUAGCUGCACGAGAAUACGAACAAUCGACUGGUCCUUCAAAGGAUAUCUACUCGCACUUUGGAUCGGCAGUUGGUGGACCUCAAUACAAACAGUCUACAGACCCAGUCUAUAACAAUGUCGAAGCCGUUCAUGGAUACCCAAAUGUUGAAGCGAUGGAGAACCAGUAUGGAGCAUUUCAGAAUUAUCAGUUUGGUGGAUACACAAAUGGAGGCGAAGACGAGGAGAUGUUGUAAAUAAGAAUACGUUUUACUCUAGGUAGCUAUAGUUAGCAUUUCUAUAGAGAUGAGCAUAUUAGGCAUGGAAUAUGGGGAAAGUUAUUAUUGUUCGGCGAGACAUCACAUGGAUUUUGUUUUUGUUUUUGGAGGAGUAUCGGGAAGGUUAUUAGGACAUUCAUGCAUGGAGUAUAUCUGCAUUUGCAUUCUUCUACAAAUUGUGUUUUUGAAGGCUAGUGGUUGGUCAAGGACGAUGAUAUCUUUGUCUUUCAUGUAUUUCUUCUUCUCUUGAUUUAUUGUUCUCUUUGUGUGAGGUACGUACCUUCUGAUCGACCCGCCCCUCCACCCUUUCCCCUCUCCUCUCCCCUACAACUCUCAGCAUUCCAUACCCUUUUACUCCAGUUUUAUAUGCCACUUUCAACUUUAAAUCACACCAAUAUCAACGGCAUUCGCUACUCAAGGUACGCAUCAAGACCCAUCUCUUCACCUUCCCCGCCCCACCCCCUUUUUGACUAAAAUACCUCUUACUACUCACAUGAAAGCUUCCCCCUCCUGGACUGGCAACUACACCAUCAAACACAUUGGAUCUGGAUCCGGACCUGGAUUUUCGUUUGUUUUACUCAUGCCCACAUUCUUUUCCCGUGGUAUAGGCAUACAUUGAACGUAUAUAUGUAAUGGAAUACAUAAUUAUUUUAUAAAUUUUGAGUUUUGGUGUGAGUGAGGGUGCUGUGGUGAUUUCAAUCG